CUUCCUACCUUGUCUUGUCACAUUACUUGUUCCCAUCAUUCACCCCCCGCCAUGUCGGACGAUCGCAGGAAGCGCUCCCGCUUCGAUCAGACCGAGGCGGAAGCGGCCAGGCCGUCUCGCUUUGACCGCCGCUCUCGUUCCCCCAAGCGUGAGGAUGCCGAACCUCGCAGGUCGCGCAGCCCCGUGCAGCAAGAUGAGGGCCGGCGCAGCAGUGACGCCAGAAGACAAGCUGCCGCCGCCGCUGCAGCAGCUGCGGCAGCCAAGAUCAACGAGCAGCUGAACUUGAAGAAGGCCAGCCAACGUGUCGAUGUCCCUCCGAUCCGCUCGACUCAAAGCCCUGCCAACGCUGGAGCAACGCAGUCUCCCGACUCCUCUGCCACGCUCACUGCCGAAGUCUACCAGCAGGAUGGCGACUUUAUCCGCGACAUUGAAGUCAAUGACUUGCGCAACCGCUACACCAUGACCAAGGGCGCGACACAGAAGAUGAUCAAAGAGAAAACUGGCGCUGAUGUUACCACCCGUGGCGAAUACUACCCGGACAAGAGCAUGGCCACGCCCGCCAAUCCUCCUCUCUACCUUCACAUUACCAGCACCACCAAAGACGGCCUCGAGAAAGCGGUCAAGGAGAUUGAAGAGCUGAUGAAGCAGGACUUGCCCAACUUGAUUGAUGAGCGUCGUUUCCGCCGUAACCGCGAGCCCGAACAACAGCAAGUUGAGCGCGAUUCCAUGGGUCGUCGUAAGUGGCCUGAAGAGCGUAUCCCCAUCGAUCUCGAACCUAUUCCUGGCUUCAAUCUUCGUGCGCAAGUGGUCGGGGCGGGCGGCAGCUAUGUGAAGCAUAUCCAGCAGGAGACGGGUUGUCGUGUACAGAUCAAGGGGCGUGGAAGUGGGUUCUAUGAGCAUGAUACGGGGGUGGAGAGUGAUGAGCAGAUGUAUCUGCAUGUUGCCGGGCCCGAUCCCAACCAAGUCGAGGUGGCCAAACAGCAAUGCAUCGAUCUUCUCGACACCGUCAAAGGAAACUACCAGGAGUUCAAGGAACGUGGCCCUCGUGGUGGGAGCGGAGGUGGUCGUGGUGGGGGUUACGACGACCGUCGCGGAGGAGGAUAUGAACAACGCGAGCGCAAUAACGGAUCGGGAACGUACGGCGGGAACGGGCAGGCCUACAAUUACCAGCAGCCCCAGCAAGCAGCCUACGGCGGCGUUGCGCAGUCCCCGCCAGCCGCCCUACAACAACCGGAUCAGCAGGCGCAAGCUGCCAACAUGGAUCCCGCGGUGCUCGCUGCGUGGGUUCAGUACUACCAAGAGCAUCCCGAUCAGGAUCCGUACGCAGCAUACGGCGGGUAUGCGGCGAUGAUGGCGCAGUACUACCAGGCGCAACCCCAACAGCCGCAAUACCCUGGCUACGCUGGCAGUCCCGUGCAGCAGCAGUACCCCGGCUAUGCUGGACAGAACGGCGCGGCUCCUCCGCCUCCGCCGCCACCUGGGGUGUGAGUACCGCCUAUGUUGCGUGAGUGGCCAAGCGGGGGAAGCUUUUGUGACCGCUGGCGCGGACCUUUCUUGUAGGUGAGGGUCUGCUUUGCCUGGGCUGGGGAUGAUGCAUGAGGGUGGGUUUGGUGUUGCUGGUGCGUGGGAAGGAGGCGUUUCGUACUCCAUGCUUUGACGUCAUGGUCUCAACAACUGGAGUGGAAUAGGAAUGGAUGGAUCAGGGUAGCGAGAGAGUGUGAUUACGCCAUGAGACACAUGAGCUUGUAUCCGAAUUCCAAUGUGC